CAUUGCUAUUCGAUCAAUUAUUCUCCGCAUCUGAAAGCAUACGAAAACAUACGCGUCCCACGUGUGUAUGCUACUCGUAUAUCUCAUCUCUGAACGCAUGGACUCAUAGUUGAUCUGUUCCCAGCCUCUAUUCUUGCGGUAAACAAUCAUCAUUACUGAACAAUGGACGGACCUCCAUCUCCGACUCGAAAGCCUCCCAGCUACAGCGCUGGACCGACUUCAUAUCUGAACACUGCGCCUGACGACGAUAGUAUGAACAGCAUUCCAUCGAACAAUCCGUCGCUCAGAAUGCUUUCCCAGCCUCAGGACGACUACAGAUCAGUAUCCCCCUCCGGUCGAGUUUCGCCUGAACGCUACGCCCGACCAACCGCAUCCACAACCUACAGUUCACGACCAGGUUCGAGCCUGGGACGAGCACCCUCAAUACCACUCCCCACAGCAAACCCUCGAUCUCCCAUCAGACCAUCCACGCCCUCUCGAGACUGGAGACCUACAGCUUCCAACGUCUCUUACGAACCUGCGGAUCUCAAUGGCAGUCCUCGACCAGGAACACCGUCUUCGGCGUAUGGCGGUAGCCCAAGAAGACCUCUACCUCCAGCACCACUAUUUUCGGCGAAAGGAGGCGCAAUGGAAACCGCAAUACCGAUACCCAUUCCUACCCCAGAGUCGGAAGAUGAUGUGUUUAUGGGUGAUCACCAAAUGAUGCCAGACAAUGAUCCUAGAGCAAGCUUAAAAUCUGCACAUUCAUACAUGACCGAUUCCACAGUCACUGAAGAAGAAGACCUCGCAGACGAGAAGGCGGACUAUUACUAUGGACCUGCUCCCGACGGCAAGCAAGAUCGCCGAGGAUUGAGAGAUGCACAAGUAGCCACGAAAGAAGUCCGAUUGAUCAAUGGCGAGUUGAUCCUGGAAUGCAAGAUCCCCACGAUCCUACACAGCUUCUUACCUCGAAGAGAUGAGCGCGAGUUCACACAUAUGCGAUAUACAGCCGUCACCUGCGACCCCGACGAUUUCGUCUUGAAAGGGUACAAACUGCGUCAGAACUUUGGACCGACCAUGCGAGAAACCGAACUCCUCAUUUGCGUGACCAUGUACAACGAGGGCGAAAUUGAGUUCACCAGGACGAUGCACGGUAUCAUGAGGAACAUUGCCCACUUCUGCUCAAGAGCAAAGUCUAGGACUUGGGGAAAGGAUGGCUGGCAGAAGAUUGUAGUCUGUGUGAUUGCAGACGGAAGACAAAAGGUGCAUCCCCGGACACUGAAUGCUCUAGCAGCCAUGGGUGUCUACCAGGAUGGAAUAGCCAAGAAUGUCGUCAACCAGAAGGAGGUUACAGCUCAUGUCUACGAGUAUACUACCCAAGUGUCGCUGGACGAGUCACUCAAAUUCAAAGGAGCAGAGAAGGGAAUCGUACCGUGUCAAAUGAUAUUCUGCCUGAAAGAGAAGAACAAGAAGAAGCUGAACUCGCAUCGAUGGUUCUUCAAUGCUUUUGGCCGCGCCUUGACACCAAACGUUUGCAUCCUUCUCGAUGUUGGUACCAAGCCGGACUCAAAGGCUUUGUAUUAUCUGUGGAAAGCCUUCGAUCAAGAUUCAAAUGUCGCUGGAGCAGCUGGAGAAAUCAAAGCAGACAAGGGCAAAGGGUGGAUGGGCUUACUCAACCCUCUGGUCGCAUCACAAAACUUUGAGUACAAGAUGAGUAAUAUUCUCGACAAACCGCUCGAAUCCGUGUUUGGAUACAUUACUGUCUUGCCGGGAGCUCUUUCAGCAUAUCGAUACUUUGCCCUGCAGAACGAUCCCAGUGGCCAUGGUCCGCUCAGCCAAUAUUUCAAGGGAGAAACACUACAUGGCGCCGAUGCCGAUGUCUUUACCGCAAACAUGUAUCUCGCCGAAGAUCGAAUUCUUUGUUGGGAGCUUGUCGCUAAGCGUGGCGAGCAAUGGGUGUUGAAGUUUGUCAAAAGCGCUUAUGGUGAAACCGAUGUGCCCGAUGCUGUUCCUGAGUUUAUUUCACAACGACGAAGAUGGCUCAACGGUGCCUUCUUCGCCGCCGUCUACUCCCUCGUCCACUUUAAACAGAUCUGGCAGACUGACCACAGCCUGACGCGAAAGAUUUUGCUGCAUAUCGAAUUUGUCUAUCAGUUCAUCUCGCUGCUGUUCACCUUCUUCUCCCUCGCCAACUUUUACCUCACCUUCUACUUCGUCGCCGGCUCGCUAUCAGACAAAAGCACUGAUCCAUUCGGCCACAACAUUGGAAAAUACGUCUUCGUCGUCAUGCGUUAUGUCUGCGUUCUCCUGAUCUGCCUCCAGUUCAUUUUGAGCUUGGGCAACCGUCCGCAAGGAGCGAAGAAACUUUUCUUGGGAACCAUGGUGACCUACUCGAUCAUCAUGGCCUACACAACGUUUGCUUCCUUGUACAUUGUCAUCAAACAGCUUACGGAUCAUACACUGGAAGCUACGAGUUCAACCUACAAGCUUGGGGACAAUGUCUUCACCAAUCUCAUCGUCAGCACGCUCAGCACCAUUGGAUUGUACUUCCUCAUGUCUUUUCUGUAUCUUGAUCCAUGGCACAUGUUCACCAGUUCGGCACAGUACUUCGCCCUGUUGCCGUCGUAUAUCUGUACCUUGCAGGUUUAUGCGUUCUGCAACACUCAUGACGUUACAUGGGGAACCAAAGGCGACAAUGUCAUGCAUACGGACCUCGGCGCCGCUAAAGCGAUUGGAUCUGGAAACACGGUCGAGGUCGAGAUGCCUUCUGAACAGCUCGAUAUCGAUUCUGCUUAUGAUGUGGCUUUGCGGAAUCUGCGAGAUCGAGUCGAUGUGCCUAAGCCCCCGGUCAGCGAAAACCAGCUGCAGGAGGAUUACUACAAAUCUGUCCGGACGUACGUGGUGGCAUUCUACAUGGUUUGCAAUGCUGUCCUUGCUAUGGCUGUCUCGGAGGCAUAUCCAACGGGCACGCACCUCUCGAAGAACCUGUACCUGAGCUUCAUAUUGUGGUCGGUCGCUGCGCUUGCGCUGUUCCGUGCCAUUGGAUCAUCAGCGUUUGGCAUCAUCAACAUAGUGUCGGCGAUUGCUGAAGGACGGAUACAAGCCAAGUUUGAGAAGAUCUUUGGGGGCGGAGAUGAGCAUGGGCGCCAUAAGUCUGGAUUGAGCAGUGGAUUUAGUGAGUCUGGGAAGACUGGUGUUUCGGGUGCGUCAGGUGGGAUGAGUUUGAGUGAUGUUAAGAGUAAGAUGAGUGAGAAGUUGAGUUGGAUUGGUCGGAGAUGAUGAUGCCGGCUUCUGGAUACGACGUGCUGGUGUAAUGGACGGAGUUCGAUGAGUGGAAGUAAUGCCUGAAUACAGUGGUGUACCCGGAUGUUAUCUGUGGUUUGGGACUGGAUCAUGCAAUGUAACUUACCUUUCGGUGUCGCAGGAUAUGUGACUGUAUGGGAUUAGACAAAAUGAAUUGAACGGUGUUGAUAUCUUCGAGUUGCUGCGGACAUCUGAGGCGUCUGUCUUUCUCCAGACGUUCUGGGAAUCUGCUAGGACUGUCAAUUGAAACUCCUGCUAGCCUUGGUUGCUAGUACAGCGCGAGCAUAUCAGCACCACGGUAGGGGUCUUGGGGGAUGCUAAGAGGGUAAGCAAAUUGUGCAAAGCUGAGGAACAAGAAGUCAUGAAGAUUAGUAGAGUAGAGGGGAAGACGUGAACUUAGG